GAAACGGACGUACGACGACGGUUAUUGUCGGGCAAACGCUCUGGUAAUGGUCCUGUGAUUUAGUUCCCUUUGCUCAUCCGAAGGCGUUAUUCAGAAAGCCCCGUGUGUGAGUUAUUCUUGGUCCAGCGAAACUGCACUCGAGGGGGGCUAAGCGGUUCGCUGGUUGCAGAUGCGUUGACGGGGGACGGGCAGUGUCAGAUGAGAUUGCUCGCGAUUAAUGCUGUGUUGAUUGAUGGAAUUUGUGGGCCAUCGAAGGAUUGACGCUCUCGCGUAUUGUGAGGUGGGGUGCCGAGUGAUGGAAGUGGUAAUUAGCGUUGACUAAUUGGAGUGAUUCAUUAAAACAAUAUUUUCGGUGCUGAGUGGAAGACGAGACAAGUGUAUUUGUCACACCAUCGUCGUUUUAUUGCUGUUGUCCGUUGAUUGGUUGUAAAAGAAGAAAAGGGUAUUGAGAUCGGAAGGAUUCCAUUGAUGGAAAGAAGUUUUCUGGAGGCCGGCUGUGAAUUGGAGUAUGAGAGCUUAGAGUGUGGCGAGAAGUUCUGUGAACGACCUGGGGUCUUUUGAAAGGGUCUUGUUUUGGCCCAUCUCCGCAAAUAGAUCAUAAGAAGCAAAAGUUACGCUAUAAAUCAUUGCCGGAAGGACAGGAGCCGAUCUGGAAUACUGGUACUUUGAGAAACGAUAAUAAAACGAACACUGGAAUUGUGCUUCUUGAGAAGAAUCAAUCGAAAUGAUGAAAGUCAUCGUUAAUUUAAGCUGUCAAAGGAAGAAAAUCUGUGGAAAGCAAUAAAGAAAAAAGUAAUCACAGAGCAGUUAUUGCUGUUCAAUUCACUUAAAGUUCAAGCUUCUUGUGUCAUGUGAUAUACUUGGUGAUGUGCAAAGUGUUUUACAAUAGAAAGAAUCCGACGGGGGAAUUGGAAAAUUUAGCUUGAAACGAAGUUAGGAAAAAACAUUUAAACUUGUGAACGGCUCAAGAAAGUAGGAAAACCCUACAGAAAAACUACAACAAGUGCACACGAAAGGAUAAAGCCCACCGAAAAAACGAAGGAUUAAGCUUAAAUUGAGCCUCCGCAUCGAAAGAUAAACUCAUUAUCGUCGACAGCAGCUUGGAAGGAUCGAGGCGAAUCGCAACAGCAACCUCAUUCCCGUACACUUCUAUAACGACCCCAUUCGCGUAGUACCCACGCAGAAUGGAACGAUAAUUCAACUGAUUUCAUAACAGAACAUGGAUCCCCGGCAAACCUAGGAACUAUGAAGCAUAUAGUGGUUGUGAUGAUUUUCUUAAAUAUUAAUAACGGCAUUUCCUCCCACUCGCAGUCGGUUGACAUCGACGAACCGCACACGUACACACCACCGAAGCACUACUUCCAAACGUCGUCCUUCGACGAGGCGGACCUGGACGGGGAUGAGAUCGGUGUGAAAAACCCCCUGGACCGGGGGCCCUACUUUGACAUCUCUGCGUCACGGAACGUGACUGCGCUGGUCGGGAACACGGCCUAUCUCAACUGCCGGGUGCGGAAUCUCGGGAAUCGAACGGUUUCGUGGAUACGGCAUCGAGAUCUUCACUUGCUGACGGUAGGCAAAGCCACCUACACCUCCGAUCAGCGGUACCAAAGUGUGCAUAACCCCGCGUUAGACGACUGGUCACUGAAGGUGCUGUAUCCCCAGCCCCGGGAUUCCGGUGUCUACGAAUGCCAGAUAUCCACAACGCCUCCGGUGGGAUACUCCAUGACACUAUCCGUCGUCG